CCAACACAUGAGCGUAUUCAGUGGAGUUUAGAGCUCGGUAAUGAAAACUUCGGAGUAGAGUAGAGCGGAGUACGUGUUUUUAGAGUGAUCCCAAACGCAGUGUAAAGAAAGGAAAACGCCAGAGACUCAAAAUGCGAAUAUCAGCGUAAAGAGGAACGUCACUUUUGGCUACACAACACCGAAUUUAGCGUUUUAUAUCGGAAAAGCGGCUUCCAUAAUUUUUUAGUAUUGUUUGGUUUAGCUUGAAAUUGCCAAUAUUAAUUUUACACAAAUUAUACCAUAAAAGCUUUGGAAAAAACGCACCCGUUCCACCAAAAUGGAGAAUAUAAAAUCAAACUUCGACAAAAUAAUGGAAAAGUUCAACGAUAGUUUAACACACUCGGCACCCAAAAAGCUAAAUUUCGAAUACCUAAAUGAUUCCUACAAUGAUUCAGGAACUUUGCCUAAGAAGCGCCGCCACGAUAAUUCUCAACUCAGCUGUGACAAUGUAAGUAACGCUUCUAUCAGCAGCAUUCCAUCUAGUCCUUGGGAAACACGUCGCAUAAAAGCUGAUUUAAUCGAAGCCAAAUCACGGAUUUCAAAGUUGAAGAUCGAAAUUGAGCGCCAGCACAAGCUCCGUGCUGAAGUUGAAACGCUCUAUGAAAGCAAAGUAAGUGAGCUAAAGAAACAGUGUGAAUUUUCGUCAAAUAAAGUACAAGAUGUCGAAAAGCAUUUGCAAGUUGUGCGUAAACGUGAACAAGGUGCCAAGCAAGAGUUGUUACGCACACAACGUGAGUUAACGCAACAAAAACAUCAUUAUGAAGAGGAGUUGCAUAAAUUGCAACGCGCAAAACUCGAAAUAGAGGAUCAUUCACGACAAGUGCAAAAUAGUAUGGAAAAUGAGCUGAGUGAAUAUCGUCGUCACACAGACAAGCUAGAAAUGGAACUGGAAUUAGUAACUGACGAAAUGGCCAAUUUAAAAAGCUUACUAAAUGAGUAUAAAGCCCAUACAUCAUCGUAUGAAGCACUGAAAAUAGAACAUGAAAAAGAACAACAAGAAUUAGAGGUGGCUAAUUCACGAAUUAAAGAACUCGAGUAUCAAAUUGCUUCUUAUGAAGACUGGAAAGAAAUUACCAAGAAAUCACAAACUCGAUUGCUUAGCAUACCUGAUAUGGAUAAAGAGCUGGAGCGUUUGCGCACAAAUAACAAAAAUCUACAAGAAUUACUGGGGAAUAAGUUAUUACUAGAGGAACAAGUGCAUGAUUUGAAGAAACGUUUGGCGCGUGAGGAGGGUGGACGCAAUGAAGCAGUGGCUUUGCAGGUGAAGCUCUCACAUAUGGAACAAGAGUUGAAGGAGUGGAUAAAAGUAGCACAAGAUCAUUGUUUGCCCAAUAUGUUGGUUAGCCCAAUGGCGCUGCGCUCUCGAAUUGAACAGCUGCUACAAAAUGAUAUAAUUAUGAUAAGUGAGAAACGCAAUACGCAGUCCGAAACAAAGUCUGUGAAAUCAGAAUUGUUGGAUUAUAAGCAGAAAUGCGAAAUUUAUGUUAAAAACAUAGAGGAACUCAAUGUAGCUUUGAAGAAACAUAAAAACUUUAAAGACCGCAUACAACGCAAAUUGUUUUUUGUCUCUAAGGAACGAGAUUGUUAUAAACAGCUUUUGGAGAAUUUCGAAAAAGAUCUUACAUUCUCCACCGCGAAUAACGCAGCUGAUGGCGCCGCUGGCGAUGUGCAAUUACGCACGCGCCUCGACAUGCUCGAGAAGACUUUAGUAGGCUAUAAGGAUAUGUGCAGUAAUUUGGAGAAAGAAUUGACUAACGCCAAACAAUUGCCAGUGGCCGAUCAAACCAUUGAAAAUGUCGUCAGCACCGAAGUAUACGAGCAUACUAAAAAAGAACUAGAUACAAUGCGUCUAGAAAAUGAACGUUUGCGCCGACGCAAAGAAGAGCUAGAAUUAGAAUUGGAACAUCGUUGCUUGAAGGGUGACUUUAAUGUGGGUAAAUUUAAAGUAGUACAUUUUGCACAAAAUCCCGCAGCAGAGGCCUACGAAAAUUCCAAUAAUUUAAUUGAAAAAUUACAAGCGGAAAUUGAACGUCUGAAGCGACGCAAUAAAAAAUUAGAAGAAGAUAAUGAAGUCACACAAGCACGUCUUAAUGAGACAACAAAUAUGACUAUAAAUAUCAAAGAGAUGAAUCAGUUGCGUGCCGAACUUGAUGCCACCAAUUCGAAGAUGAAGAAGAUGAAGGAAUGUUACAAGUCAGCCAGCAUGGAAUUUCGUGAAGUCUGCUAUUUGUUGUUUGGCUAUCGAAUCGAUCGUUUAGGAUUGAAUACAAAUUACAAACUAUCCAGCAUGUAUGCCGAAAGUCCUGAUGAUUACCUCAACUUCCGUUUGAACGAGUCAAAUCAUGCACUGGAUAUGUUGGAGACACCCUAUUCGGUGACAUUGAAACCGCUAAUAGAGAGUCAGCUGGUGGGAAAUAAGUCUUUACCAGCAUUUUUAAGCGCGUUAACGCUUGAACUUUUCCAACGUUCUACCGUUACCAUGUCGUAAACAUCCUGAUUUCGAGUAUACAACAAAGUGGUUGAACUACAUACAAUUAAAACGUGUCUCCAAUUCAGAAUGCAAUCGGACACUGAAUAUUUUGGUUUUCACAUUUCGUGGUUCGAGACGCCACUUCAUAUACACACAUAUACAACUAAAUAUGCAUAUAUAGACUUAUUCGGCAAUUUCUUUUUUGCAAUGUAAUGCAGCGUAUAUUAUAUGUAUUUCGUAAUAUUAAUAAUAAUAAUAAGUUGCUAACUUGGUGGUGUACAAAUUCGA